AUGGUAACAAAACUAAGAAGGAUUUUACUUGAAAAGGUGUUAGAUGACUCUAUUGACAAAAAUGGACUUAUUAAAAACCUUAAAAAUAUGCAUAUAACGUAUAAGCAUAAACAAAACAUGUAUACAGUAAACUUGUCGUGCCAUGGUAUUCAUAAUUUAGAGAAACAUAACACCAACGAAAUCCAAAGUGGUGAUUUUGAAGAACUCAUAAUAGAUAUAAACAGAGAUUUAUUUAUAAAAAGCUUCUUGGAAAACACAGUACAAGAAGAAUCAAAAAUUAAACCUAAGAAAAUAGUUAUUGACUUUAGUUCUCCAAAUAUUGCAAAACCAUUUCAUGUUGGACAUUUAAGAUCUACUAUAAUAGGAAAUUUUAUUGCAAAUAUAAAUGAGUACUUUGGUAAUGAUGUAGUAAAAUUAAACUAUUUAGGUGACUGGGGGACACAGUUUGGUCUACUACAAUAUGGCUUGCAAUCUAAUAAUAUUUCAAUUGAUCAACUGAGCAAGAAUCCUAUAAAAUACCUGUAUAAUGUUUAUGUUGAUGCAAAUAAGCUUUCAUUAGUUGAUGAAAAUGUUCAAAUUGAAGCUAAAAAAUAUUUUUCAAAUAUUGAGCAAGGCAGAACUAAUCUGGAAAACUGGAAUAAAAUUCGAAAAAUAACCAUAGAAGAACUAGAAAAAAUAUACCAAAGAUUAGGAAUUAAAUUUGAUGUAUAUCACUGGGAAUCAAAUUAUAAUGGUGAAGCUAUAAAGAGUAUAAUAGAAAAACUAGAACAGCAAAAUAUCAUUACUACUGAUACUUUUGGAAAGAAAGUAGCUAUAGUAAACAACAGAGAGGUUACUGUUUUAAAAAGUGAUAAUUCUACUUUAUAUCUGUCUAGGGAUAUUGCAGCUUUAUUAGAUAGAUACGAAAGGUACAAGUUUGACAGUAUGUUAUAUGUUGUGGAUAAUGCACAAACAGAUCAUUUUACAGCUGUGUUUGAUAUAGUUAGAAGAGUUAACAUUGAAUGUACAAAAGGAUGUAAACACAUCAAAUUUGGUAGAAUUAAGGGAAUGAGUACGAGAAGUGGGAAUGUUGUAUUUCUUAAUGACAUAUUAGAUGAAGCUAAACAAAAGAUGUAUGACAAGCAGCUGGAAUCCAAAAAUACCCGAAAUGCAGCAAUCAAUGAUGAAACAUGUGACAUCCUAGGGACAACAGCUGUUGUGAUAAAUGACUUAAAGCAAAGAAGACAAAAAGAUUAUGUUUUUGAUUGGGAUAAAGCAUUGCAAAGUGAAGGUGACAGUGGAAUUAAACUCCAAUACCUUCACUGUAGACUUUGGAGUUUAGAAAAAAAUUCUGGAGUUGCAAUACCACAGUUGUGUGAACCAGAAUGUCUUACUGAAGAAAUUGUGGGUGAAGUCAUUAAAGAAGUUGCAAGAUUUGAAGAUAUUUUGAAUAAAUCAUUAACAGAAAAUGAAGCAUGUAUAAUAGUUAAUUAUUUAUUUCGAUUAGCCAAAUUGGUGAAUAGAAUGUUUAAUGAACUUAAAGUAAAAAAUGUUAAUCAAGAUCUUGGAUCUCAAAGGCUGCUUGUCUUUCACUCAGCAAGACUUGUCAUUAAAAAAGCCUUAGAAAUUUUAGGAGUUAAGCCUGUAUUUGAAAUG